GCGCUCACGAUACAAAAAGACCCGGCUUUCGUUGUUUAUGUUUAGUUUGAAUCGAGCGCUCUAAACGAUCGUACAAGUGAGUUUAAAAAAAAAAAAAUUUGCGAAAAUAAAACAAUUUUUCUUUUGCAUCAAGCAGAAAAAAAAUGGCAACAACACUUCUUCGAAUGGGACUACGUUCUGUAGUUUUAAAAGGAGUUUUUGAAAAAAGAUCCAUUCCAGCUAUUGGUAACGCCCUCAUUGAUGCUGAGAGGCGUCAUCUUCAACAAGAACAAAAAUUACAAUUUGCUGUAGCAAAACAUUAUAUGAGCAGCAAAAGAAACGUUCAUCAUUCCAGAGCCACAGCAUCUUUGGAUGAAGAAAGCGAUAGUGACAGCGAUAGUGAUGAUGAACCAGAAAGGACUGAAUCCAAUUUCUGGAGAAGAAAGAUGAGAACACUUCAUAGUCAUUUAGAUGUUAAUAAAGACGGCGUUAUUAGUUAUGACGAUUUUAUGCUACUUGGAGAAAGAUUCGCGAAUUUGGGACAUUUAACGACGGAGGAGAAAAAGGAAUUUCAACAUGUUCUUAAUGAAAUAUGGGAAGAACAGUGGGGAGAAAUAAGCCCUUAUAAUCUUAUUGGUGUUGAACAAUAUCUCGAAAGAAUGCAACAUGUUCUUGAGGAUGAAUCUUUAAAAAAAAAGUGUCACAAUUUCCUUCCUUUUCUUUUCAAAGCUGUUGAUAGAAAUAAUAAUGGAGAAAUUUCCGUACAAGAAUAUCAAUUAUUCUUCGAGUGUCUUGGACUCUCACAUGAUGAUGCUGUAAUAGCUUUUAGUCAUAUUGACCAAAACGACGAUGGAAAAAUUAAUCUUAAAGAAUUCGUAAAACAUGGACGUGAAUUCAUCGUCUCUCAUGAUCAUUCAAAGCCCAGCAAGUAUUUUUGGGGACCAUUAGACGACUGAAAAAAAAAAAUUACAUUUUGUGUACAAAAAAAAAAAAAAUUGUGAUAUUUACACUUAUAAUUUUACUGAUUUUCGAAUGUAGUCCAUUAGCUGUAAGAUAGAUUCUAAGUUAUUUGUAGGCAAUUUUUUUAUACAAAAAAAAAACUGAAAUAAAUGACUGAAAAUAACAAAA